AUGACUACUUUGGAUGUUGCAGAAGGUAAUAAAAUCAAAAAUGAAGAAUUCAAAAUUUGGAAAAAAUCAAUACCAUCUCUAUACCAACAUAUCUCAAGUUUGAAACCCAUCCUUGGUCCAGAAAUUGACGAUUUUCCAUCCAUACCUAGAAGUCUCGUUUUUACUAACGAUAAGGAAUGUAAUAAAGCUAAAGGUGUUUUGAAUGCGCCACUUUUAUAUUCUCAAGGGAGUAAUAUUUUUGAAGUGGACUGUAUAGUGCCACUUGGACUUCACUACGGAAAACCUGAAGCUAAUCUACAACCAUUGCCACAGCCAGAUUAUACGAUGGAGUCUCAGAAAGUAGAGCAGACCGUUUUGACUCCAAAGUGGGAAUUCACAAAUGAAACGAUUGAAAAGAUGAUUUACGUUGACAAUAGUGAAAUAAAUGUAAAAGUGAUAGCCCUUUCCACCAAUGGUUCUUUAGCAUGGUUUCGAGAGGGCGUUAAAUUGCCUGUUUACACAAUGACAGAAGUGCCCACUUCUUUAAAGACAACAUCCUCCAGAAAUCAAAACAAUGGGCCAAGUGUUGAUUUUGCAAUUUCUGAAGAUUCAAAAACACUAGCAGUCACUAGAGGGAAACAUUUUGAUGGAGAAAGCGCUACGAUAAAGCUGGUAGAUAACUCAAGUAAAAUAGGAGAAGUACUUUGUACAAUACCUGUCCCCGGCAUAGAAAAUAUUCAAGAAAUUAAGUUUCUAAAUAACCAAAUAUUUGUCACUUGUUCCGAUGAUGGUAUUAUAAGGUUUUGGAGUAAUGGAACAGGCGCAGAGCCUCUUUGGACAUUGAACGAUUCUUCGGAUGGGAAAACAUGUUGCUUUGCCGCAUCACCCUUUGUCGAUAUGCUAUUUAUGACCGGAACAAGUGGUGGCGCUAUCAAGGUUUGGGAUCUUCGUGCAAUUAUGGCAUCAGCAGAUGUAGGGAGUAAUCCAAGUGUAAAUCAAGAGCAUAAUAGAAUCAAUGAACUAUUCAAAGUUCAUCAUUUUUACAGUGAGCAAGUUGCCAAAAUUCAAUUUUCUGCUAUUUCACCUACUGAAGUUAUUUCAGUUGGAGGGUUAGGAAAUGUGUAUCAUUGGAAUUUUGAGCCAGUUUUUUCCAUUUAUGGCGAAAUAAAUGAGGAUUUUCAAGGUGUAGUAUCCGAUGAAGUGGAGGCAGAAAGCAUGACAUUCUAUCACACGGAGGGUUGUAGAAGGGAAAUAGGUGAAAAAAAUAAGGUCAAUACCGUUGCUUAUCAUAAUUGCAUUGAAGAUCUGGUUGCCACAGUUGAUAGUGAUGGACUGCUGACUGUGUAUAAACCGUUUACAGGAAAAACUUUAGAUGGCAACAAAACAACUUGA